AAAGCUCACUGCGCUUCUCUCCGGUGUGUGGGGAGCGGGGGAACGCUGGCUCAGGGGAGUGCCAUGAAAGCUCACUGCGCUUCUCUCCGGUGUGUGGGGAGCGGGAGUGCCAUGAAAGCUCACUGCGCUUCUCUCCGGGAACAACAGAAAUGGCCAACCAAGAAGAAGCAGAGAUACAAAUUUCAGAGUUAGAUUUACUGUCUAGCAUGUUUCCUUAUGAGGAGGAGUUUGCUGUGACAGACCAACUGGCUCUAGCUGAACUGAAACACUAUGUUGAAAAUGAGUCUGCAGAGGUGCCAUCUUCAAAAGUUCAGUUUGUACUGAACGUAAAAACAGAAGUGCCUAAUGCUUCUAUGGUGGAAUUCUCUAUGGCCUGUGCUUUACCAUUUAAAUAUCCAACUGUUCUCCCAGAAAUUACUGUGAGGUCAUCAUUAUUAAGCCGCUCUCAGCAGAUUCUCCUGAACUCUGAUCUAAAAACAUAUUUGAUGCAAAUCUUCAGUGGUGAGCCGUGCAUGCUGAGUGCAAGGGAAUGGGUUAAAGACCAUGCAGCUGCUUACAUUGACAAGGACUCUUCAUCCUCCUCAAUGACAGCCUCAGAUGCCACGCAGUCAGAAGUCGCCACGUUCACUCGACUGUGGAUCUACAGCCAUCACAUUUACAACAAGCAAAAAAGAAAGAAUAUUAUUGACUGGGCCAAGGAGCUCUCUCUGUCAGGGUUCUGCAUGCCAGGGAAACCAGGUGUUGUUUGUGUAGAAGGGUUACAAAGUAGUUGUGAAGAGUUCUGGUCAAGGGUAAGAAGAUUAACAUGGAAAAGAAUUCUUAUUCGACACAGAGAUGUUUCUUUGGAAGGUGGAGGACAUGCUGAGAUCCAGAAGCAACGAAAGUUCCCCACUUUGGAAGAAAAAUGUUUUGAUGCACAUGGUGCCAGGGGAAAUCAUAUGGACUUGGGGCAAUUAUAUCAUUUUUUAGAAGAAAAAGGAUGUGCUGACAUAUUUCAAAUGUACUUUGGGGUUGAAGGACAUGGAAAGGGUUGAAGAUGAGCACCAGUCCCAGGACCUACAUUUCUAAUUCAGUCCUUGUAACAGAUCCUUAGCUUUCCUGCAAGUUGAUCAGAGAGGGAAUUAACAAUUCAUGAUUGAUGUGAUAAUUCAGUUUUCAAUGAAAACAAAUAUCCAGUGAAAGCUUGAGUAAUGAAAAUUAUUAUAUGAAUGAUUUAUGCACUUUCUGGUGUACCCUAAAGAGAUUUAGGGUACAUACCUACUUAAAAUGAAAGAAAAUGUGUUUGAUAACCUGCUGGACAGUUACAGAACUAUAGAUGGAUGAGCAGAUGGAAGGUGGUGAAUGAAUAUACAAAUAAGGAAAGACAAAUAUGCAGUGUGGGUAUCUCAGGAGCGAGACCGUGAUGUUUACAUUAAUUAAUGUUUAUGUACACUUUAUGAAAACUUUUUUUAAAACAAUCUUCUACUUUCUACCUGAAAGUUUAGUAAGCCAUGAGAUCAAUAUUUUCUUUAAAAAAGAACAAAGGGAGGGAGCAAGUUGACAAGAGUCUUGCUAAAGCUGCCAAGAUGAGCUAGCAUGCCUGCUGUAAGGCAUAAGAAUUUUCUGUGGGUAAAACUGUGUGUGCGGGUAAGAUAGAUGCCAUGGUGGCUCCACUACAUCUGGUAUAUUGGUUUCUGUAAACUGCAGUGUACCAAGGAUUGGGUUCUCUUAUAGCAUGCUCCAAAACUCUGAAACGAUCCUCAGCCUUCUGAGUUCACAAGUUUUCAGACCUGUAGUAUGAAGUGCUUUAUGUUGCGUGUGGUUUUGAGUGGCAUUUCAACAAGUUUGUAUCAAUGAAUGCUAAUUUUGUGGGUACUGUAUCUAAAUCCCAUGGUAGAAAAAGCAGAUACUUUCUUUGGAUUAAAUAUUUUUAUUUAAAAAUGA